ACACUUGCAUUCCGAAACUGUAUCUCAAAUCUGACUACCCCUCAGUGACUCAGGUAACUGGAAAUGUCAAAUUUGAUGUUUGCUUAAAAUAUUCAUGAAACUAGCAGCUCUGACGAAUCUGUUGCUAUAUUUUUUUUUCUAAUAACAGUAACCCAUGGUUACAAUAUUGUGACUAUAAAUAAACUGGUUGGAAUCUUCAAUUCUUUAAAAUUAAUUUUAUGAUUAUUGGUGAACAAAUAAGCUUCCCGGCGCCGAAUUUGCUCAUUCCAGAGGUCAAUUAGCUUGGGUGCGGAGAGAAAAUGGUAUCAGCUAACGAGAAUCAACUGCGUUACGAUGGCCGAGUGGUGGUCGUUACCGGUGCCGGUCUAGGUCGCGAAUAUGCCUUGCUGUUCGGUUCCCGCGGUGCAAAGGUUGUGGUGAAUGAUUUGGGUGGCAAUUUUCACGGUCAGGGCAAAUCGAAUGCAGCCGAUAAUGUGGUACAGGAAAUCCGAGCGGCUGGCGGAACCGCGGUUCCAGAUUACAACUCCGUAGUGGAUGGGGAUAAAAUUAUUCAGACUGCAAUGGAAGCAUUUGGCCGUGUUGAUGUUUUGAUUAACAAUGCUGGAAUUUUGCGAGACAAGAGUCUUGCUCGCAUUUCCGAUGAGGACUGGAAUCUUAUUCAUGAUGUACACUUGAAAGGUAGUUUUCUAACGACACGAGCUGCCUGGGCGAUCAUGAAAAAACAGAACUAUGGUCGAAUAAUUAUGACAUCCAGCAACUCCGGUGUCUAUGGAAAUUUCGGCCAAGCCAAUUAUAGUGCCGCCAAACUAGGAUUGGUCGGGUUAGCCAACACAGUCGCAAUCGAGGGAGCUAAAAAUAACAUUCAAUGCAAUGUAAUCGUUCCAACGGCUGCGUCAAGGAUGACCGAGGGAAUACUUCCAGAGGUUUUGUUCAAUGAGCUUAGUGAGUUUCAUUGAAUUUAAAACUGGCGAAGUAAAUUCAUUUUUUCUUUGAUUUUCGGAACCUAAAUUGAUUGCUCCGGUCGUUGCUUAUCUGUGUCAUCAAUCCUGUCAGAAUACGGGGGCAAUAAUUGAAAGUGCAGCUGGUUGGGCCACAUAGGUCCAUUUUGUUAGGGGAAAAGGAUCAAUUCUCCGUACAUCAAUCGAUGAUGAUGUUACACCAGAGUAUGUUAAGAGUGUUUGGAAUAAAGUCACUGACAUGUCGGAUGCGAAACAUCUUAAUGCCAUCAGUGAAGCCAGCAUAUCUUUAGUAGACGUACUGGAAAAGUUACGCGAGGGAAAGCAUGCCGAAAAUUCCGUUACAGAAACAUUUAAGUUUAACUUUAAAGUUGUUAUAGCGCAUUGCGCACAAAGGUGCGACUAAAAGUGCGGAAACGUAAAUAAAACUGCGCUUUUACAUUGAA